AUGACAUUUACAGCUGAUAAUGAUGGAUGGAAUGCCAAACUAGAAAAGCUCAAGGCAUUCAAGGAGAGUCAUGGGCACUGUGCAGUUCCCAUUACCGGUAGCACUUGUGGACUUGGGAAGUGGUGGCACUCCAGUUUUGUCCUCUUGCGACAAUUCAAGGAGCAAAAUGGCCACUGCCGAGUUCCACGUACUAGUGAGAGACAGCUGGGAAUGUGGGUCAGGCAACAGAGAGAAACACAUCGGCAAGGAAAAAUGAUCAAGGAACGGUUCCGACGGCUAGAAGAGCUUGGAUUUGUAUGGAAUCCACCAAAUGGAAAACGCAUCACACAGCAAGCUCUGGAAGAAGAAGACGACGAAGAGGAGGAAGAUGAGGAAGAGGAAAGUGACGAAGAAGAAAAAGAACAAGAACGCUCUCAAAUUGAGACGCGUUCCAUGAAGCGCCCUGCCACAAAAGAUACCACGGCAGCUUGGUUGGAAGAACAGGAAGACGACGAGGAAGAGGAAAGUGACGAAGAAACCAAGAAGCCGGCAGCAAGGCUAAAUCCUGCUUUUGCAAAGAAGCCCAAGACUGUCCCUUUGAAAGAAGAAGAGGAGGAAGAAGAGGACAACAAUGAAGAAACCAAGAAGCCGGCAGCGAGAGAAAAGUCUUCUAUUGAAGUCUUCGAAAUUUGUUCCGAUAAAGAAGAGGAAGCGGAUGAACCAGUCGCACCAUCGUCGUUGGCCGCAUCAUCGUCGUUGGCCGUGGCAGGAAUGGCCGCAGCAGGAAUGCCCGACAACAAUUUGGCAGGGAUUCAACAAAGGCUCGAAAGAAUUGAAUUUGCUCUGGGGUUUCCACCGGAUAAAUACUCGGGGGAACUACUCUAUCGCCGCAUCAACCUGCUGGAACAGGAGUGUGGCUUGCUCCCCCAGGGACAAGUAUCCUUUUUCCAGCAGCUGGAUGCCCUAGAAACAAUCAUUGGGCUUUGA